UCCCCGCGUAGAGGAGGAGCCGCAUUCUCGCGGCGAUUGGUUGGGCCGGCUGCCAAUCGGGCGGCCGAGGGGGCGUGGUCAAGGCGCGAGCCGGCUAGGCUCUAGCAAGAGCAGAAGCGGGCGUCCAAAUCAAAGCCUCGUUGUUGCCGGAGCAGCGACGUUUCCUUUUCCUCACCCUACGCAGUCAGACAGCGAGCGCAGACCUCGACUCCCAGCGCUGUCCGUCUUGGGCACGCCAUGGAGGAGGAGCGGGCCGGGGAGCAGAUGAGGCCACUACUCACAACGGGUCAUGAUGAAGAAGCUGUUGUGGAUACAGGGAAAAUCAGCUCUACUAUCAACACAAACUUUGAGAAAGAAGAACUAGAAAGUCAUAGAGCUGUGUAUAUUGGUGUGCACGUCCCCUUUGGAAAACAGGGUCGACGACGUCAUAGACACCAUGGUCAUAAACGUCAUAGACGAAGAAAAGAAAAGGAGACUGAUAGAGAAGAUGGGCGGGAAUCGCCUUCUUAUGACACACCAUCCCAGAGAGUGCAAUUUAUCCUUGGUAUAGAGGAUGAUGAUGAAGAACACAUUCCACAUGAUCUUUUUACUGAAAUGGAUGAACUUUGUUUUAGGGAAGGAGAAGAAUAUGAAUGGAAAGAAACUGCCAGAUGGCUAAAGUUUGAAGAAGAUGUUGAAGAUGGUGGUGAGCGAUGGAGCAAACCUUACGUGGCUACCCUGUCUCUUCAUAGUUUAUUUGAAUUGAGAAGUUGCAUUUUAAAUGGAACGGUCAUGUUAGAUAUGAGAGCCAAUUCGCUGGAUGAAAUAGCAGACAUGGUAUUGGAUAACAUGAUAGCUUCUGGCCACCUUGAUGAAUCAAUGAGAGAAAAUGUCAGAGAAGCCCUUCUGAAAAGACAUCAUCAUCAGAAUGAAAAAAAGUUUAGUAAUCGGAUUCCCCUCGUCCGAUCCUUUGCAGAUAUAGGCAAGAAACAUUCUGACCCUCUCUUGCUUGAAAGAAAUGGGGAAGGCCUUUCAGCCUCCCGCCAUUCUUUACGAGCAGGUCUCUCUGCCUCAAAUAUUUCCCUGAGAGGAGAGAAUCGUUUGUCCCUUCUACUCAAUUACCUUCUUCCUGGAUCUCCAACAGCCUCAAGGAGCACAACCCCUUUACCUACCCCACAAAGCACUCCACCUUCCAGUCCUAGGUGUGAUUCCAAGGGAACCACAAAUUUCCAGUCAACCGAGCAUGAAGUGUCUCCUUCUAAUGAUGAUAUCCCUAAAGUAAUAAUUCAUCCACCUGAGGAAGAUUUAGAAGCUCAGGAAAGCAAGAAGAGGACAGAGGAAAAUAGUGACAUAACACCAGGGCUCUUAGCAUCACCACAAUCUGCACCUGGUAAUUUGGAUAUUGGAAAAAGUGGAGAAUUUAAAAUUAGUGGAACAGGAGGGAGUAGAGAAAACAGUACCGUUGACUUCAGCAAGGAUUCUGCCUCCUGGCACUGUAGUUGUGGCACACUUGGUGUGGGACUCAAGAGGCCAGCUGUGGAUAUGAACUUUAUGAGGAAGAUUCCAAUAGGUGCAGAGGCAUCAAAUGUGCUUGUUGGAGAAGUGGCUUUUUUGGAGAGACCAAUUAUUGCUUUUGUGAGACUGUCUCCGGCUGUGCUUCUCACUGGUCUCACAGAGGUUCCUGUUCCUACACGUUUCCUUUUUCUAUUGCUGGGACCAGCAGGUAAAGCACCUCAGUAUCAUGAAAUUGGUCGAUCAAUAGCAACACUCAUGACUGAUGAUGUUUUCCAUGAUGUUGCUUAUAAAGCCAAAGACAGAAAUGAUCUUCUAUCUGGAAUUGAUGAAUUUUUAGAUCAAGUGACUGUUCUUCCUCCAGGCGAGUGGGAUCCUUCAAUAAGAAUUGAACCACCGAAGAGCGUUCCUUCUCAGGAGAAGAGGAAGAUUCCUAAAUUUCCAAAUGGAGCUGCUUCUCCUGGAGAACCCCUUAACGAAGAAGGUCAUCAUGCUGGACCUGAACUACAGAGAACUGGAAGGCUUUUUGGUGGUUUGAUACUUGACAUCAAAAGGAAAACAUCUUUUUUCUUGAGUGACUUCAAGGAUGCAUUAAGUCUGCAGUGUCUGGCCUCGAUUCUUUUCCUAUACUGUGCCUGUAUGUCUCCUGUAAUCACUUUUGGAGGGCUCCUUGGAGAAGCUACAGAAGGCAGAAUAAGUGCAAUAGAAUCUUUAUUUGGAGCAUCAUUAACUGGAGUUGCCUAUUCACUUUUUUCUGGGCAACCUUUGACAAUAUUGGGCAGCACUGGACCAGUACUAGUAUUUGAAAAGAUAUUGUUUAAAUUUUGCAAGGAUUAUGAACUUUCUUAUCUUUCUUUACGAACCAGUAUUGGUCUGUGGACAUCAUUUUUAUGCAUCUUGUUAGUAGCAACUGAUGCAAGCAGCCUUGUGUGUUACAUUACUCGAUUUACUGAAGAGGCUUUUGCUGCUCUGAUUUGCAUAAUAUUUAUAUACGAAGCACUGGAAAAACUUUUUCACUUGGGAGAAGUAUAUCCUUUCAAUAUGCACAAUGACCUUGAUAAGCUGACAUUGUAUUCAUGUGUAUGUGCUGAGCCUCCAAAUCCCAGUAAUGAAACUUUAGAGCUGUGGAGGAAAAACUAUACUUCUCUGGAUAACAUACCAUGGACCAACUUUACAGUUAAGGAAUGCAACAAUCUUCAUGGCAUAUUUGUUGGAUCAGCUUGUGGACAUCAUGGUCCAUAUUUCCCAGAUGUUCUUUUUUGGUCUGUCAUAUUAUUCUUUACAACAUUUUUCCUCUCUUCUUUUCUCAAGCAGUUUAAGACCAAACGUUAUUUUCCCACUAAGGUACGUUCUACAAUAAGUGAUUUUGCUGUAUUUUUGACAAUAGUGAUUAUGGUUUGCAUCGAUUAUCUUGUUGGAGUUCCUUCUCCUAAACUAAAUGUGCCUGAAAAUUUUGAACCUACACAGAGUGGUCGUGGAUGGCUUAUCAAUCCUCUAGGGAAUAAUCCUUGGUGGACCCUAGUAGUAGCUGCAAUUCCUGCUUUACUCUGUACCAUCCUUAUUUUUAUGGAUCAGCAAAUUACAGCUGUUAUCAUAAACAGAAAAGAGCAUAAACUCAAGAAAGGUUGUGGUUAUCAUCUUGAUCUGCUCAUGGUUGGCAUUAUGUUAGGUAUCUGCUCUAUUAUGGGUUUGCCUUGGUUUGUGGCUGCAACUGUCCUUUCAAUAAGCCAUGUCAACAGUUUAAAAGUGGAAUCUGAGUGCUCAGCUCCAGGAGAACAACCAAAGUUCCUGGGAAUCCGUGAACAAAGAGUGACAGGAUUAAUGAUUUUUGUUCUGAUGGGGCUAUCAGUAUUUAUGACCUCUAUAUUAAAGUUUAUUCCAAUGCCAGUUUUAUAUGGUGUUUUUCUUUAUAUGGGAGCAUCCUCAUUAAAAGGCAUUCAGUUUUUUGAUCGUAUUAAACUGUUCGGUAUGCCUGCCAAACAUCAACCUGAUUUGAUUUAUCUCCGUUAUGUGCCAUUAUGGAAAGUACAUGUAUUUACAGUAGUUCAGCUUACGUGUCUUAUUCUUUUGUGGGCAAUUAAAGCAUCAGCUGCUGCUGUUGUUUUUCCUAUGAUGGUUUUAGCUUUAGUUUUUGUUCGCAAACUUAUGGAUUUGUGUUUCACCAAACGGGAGCUCAGUUGGCUUGAUGACCUUAUGCCAGAAAGUAAGAAGAAAAAGGAAGAUGACAAAAAGAAAAAGGCAAAGGAAGAAGCUGAACGAAUGUUUCAGGCAGUGGACAGUGAAACUGUACACCUUCCAUAUGAAAGAAGUGAAGUAUUACAGAUUCCUGUGAAAGCUCUAAAAUACAGCAUUGACCCCUCUGUGGUAAACAUAACAGAUGAAAUGGCCAAAACUGCACAGUGGAAGGCUCUUUCCAUGAACACAGAGAAUGCCAAAGUAACAAGAUCUAACUUGAGCCCUGAAAAUGAGCCAUGUGUGAAAAUAGAAAUUGAAAAAACAUCUGAAAUAAAGUAUGUAGAUGCUGAAACCUCAUUAUAGAGGUAAAACAAUGAUAUUAUUUUAUAGGAUAUACUGAAAGAGGGUGACUUCACAACUUCUUUUAAGUACUAGGUACUUACGUGAACAGCAGUGAGAUUUUCCAACAAGAAAUGUCUAUCACUGUGGAAAUAUUUAUUUUAGUGGAAUGUUUAUUUCAAUUUUUUAAAUAGGAAAAAUAAUUUCCUUUUUAUUUAUCAGUAAGUCAAAGAUCAUCUUCAGCUAUAAAUUAUUGGUUUGCAUAGUAUGUGACAUUUUUAUAUAAUUUUAAAUACAAAUGUCCUGUUAUCAGGUAUUUGCUAGUUCGAAUUUUGCAAAAGUUAUGCCAGUUUAUAAGAACAAAUCAUACAUAUGCAACUUAGGGAAUUGCUGUAUUUCAGCCUUUAUUUCAUAUUUUAUGGAUGAAUUAUUUGUAUUUGUAUAUGAAUUAUUUUCUGAGCUGUACUGUUAAACACCAUUGUAUUGCAUUGUAUUCCAUUUUUUAAAAAAAUAAGUCAGUUUUAUUUUUUAAUUCAGCAACCACAAGAACAGAUUAUACUGAAAGAAUAAAGCAGUUUUUUAAUAUAGAAAUCUAGAUUGGCAUUUAUUUAGACUGCCUUUUAAUAAGGUUAAACAUGAUUAUGGUUCUCUUUUUGUGAGAUAUGAUUUAAUUUUCUCCUGGGCAUCCUGUAAAUAAGUUCCAAAGAGCUGGGGGAGUUAGCUGAUGAUUGGUAACUGCAGGAGAGGGAAGAAAUUCUGUCAUAUAAAUUGAAAUUUUCCAGUAGUACUAUAUUAGAACAUCUGGAUUUACAUUAAGAGUUGACUUCUCUGACAUAAACUUUAUUUCUACUAGCAUUGAAAAUAAAUUUAUAUAAGUUCAUGAGUCCAUCAUUUUAAAAUUCAGUUCCAGGAAAUAAAACCAGAAUUGUUUUAAAAUUAUGGUAAAUUUAAAAAAAUGUUUUCCAAAGCAUAUUUGUCUUAGAUCAAUAAAAGCAUUUAUAUAAAAUGCUGGGUAUAGCUGAGUUUGAUCUGUGAAAUGUUUAAGCCCUAUGUUUAUAGAUUUCAGUACAUAUAUAUGCCACUGAAAUGAGUAAGGUUUGAUUGUGCUUAAAUAGUACCUGUUUGCCAAUUUUAUAAAGACAGUUUGUCUAAAAUUUAAGUUUUUUAGAUCAGUACUAAAGAUAAACAUUUAAUAUAAACAUCCAUUUUAAUAUGGCUAUGUGAAAACUGUAACCGAAAACACACAUAACUUAAUUUCAAACUGAAACUGAAGUACUCCUGUUUACAGUGCACCAAAGAUUUUUUAGCAGCAAGUAAGGGGUGCAAGAUUUGUAGUUUCAUUUGGCAACAUCUAGAAUUCUGGUAAACACAAAAUUUUGAAUAUAGUUAAAGCAGUUGUGGAUUUUACCUGAAACAAGUAAGAUAAUAAUGCAUUUUGUUGAAAAGGGCCCAAUUGUUCUCAGAAAUGUUCAAAUGUAAAACUAAGCAAAGAAAAAAAAUGAAAUUAUUAAUUUAUAGGCAAAUAGGUUAAAUGAAAAUCUGAUGCCUAAAAAUGAUAAAAUGAAUAUUAAUAUACUUGGGUUUGAUAUGAAAUAUUGGAAACAGAAUAAUAUUUUCAUUCCUGAAUGCUUGCAUAGCUUGUGCCUUAGUUUUUUUUAAAAAAAAUAUAUGCACUUUUCUUUAUUUAAAAAUCAUACUUGUUUGUAGCUCAUAAAUAUUUCUGUAUCUUUGAAAUUACAUUUCAAGUUUGUUACUUAGUGUAUGCAAGUGAAUCAUGUUCAUUAAUAUUGACCGCAUUCCAAAUUAAUUAUACUUGUCUUUUGUUAUUACAAAUGUUUGUUUUCAGAGCCAUGUGUAGAAAUUUACAAAGACUCAAAUAGAUUGUUUUGAAUUUUAACCCUUUGUUUUCAAACGUCUGAAAUUCAAUAAUGCUGUUGUUCAAUGCCAAAGGGUUAAUAAAUUAAUUUAAAUAAAUAUCUGAAACUCAUUAUUUAUUUGCUAAUUAUAUAAAAUAAUUCCUAAUGACAAAAAUAUGACUUGCAGUGUAGUUUACAUUAUUUGCUUAAAUACCGCUUAUUAAUUCAUUAUUACACAUUUUAAUUUUUUGAUAGCAGAUGUCCAAAUAGGAUGUUUAAAACUCCAGUGCUAAUUUAUAAUUUUCUAUGUUGUAUGUUGUAAAAACAUUAUUUCUUUUUCCAUAAAUAAAAUUAUAGUAUUUAAGUAAAACAAUAAAAGACACAGCUUUUAUUGUAUAUAGAUAUAAAUAUUGCCCUAACAGCUAUAAAUGAGUAAAAUUACUGAUUCACCUUAGGAUGAAAUAUAAUUUAUAGCCAGUAUAUUCCCACUAUGAGACUAGCUAAAUGACUGUUUUCUAGAUAACCUGUUUGCCUCCUUAGGAACAGACUGAUUUAGUGGAAAUAACUGUAGAAGCAGGGGUCUCAACCUUGGCAACUUUAAGACUUGUGGACUUCAACUCCCAGCUUUGCUGGCUGAGGAAUUCUGGGAGUUGAAGUCCACAAGUCUUAAAGUUGUCAAGGUUGAGAACCCCUGCUGUAGAGCAAUCCCAGGAAAUGUACCUUUUCUGUUCUUUAAGGCAAUAUAUUUUCAGUGCAGACUAUCUAAAUUUUAAUUCUAUGUAAACAUUUUGCUUAAAAUUGUUUAAUGUCACAAACAGAACACAAAUACCUUUUUUAUUUUUGUGGAAACUCAUGAAUCCAUAUAAAUAAAUACAUACAUACAUACAUACAUACAUGAUUCAUUAUGCUUAGUUUUUAUAUUCCACAUUAUUAACCAUACUAAAAACAAAUUAUUCAAUUUUUCAAUGCAAUCAAUAAAAUAUGUAAAAUAGUGUUCAAAGCAUGUACAUUACUUAGCAUCCAACAUUGUAUUUUUCUUUUUACUUCAAUUAAAUUUAUUUCUCUGUACAGUAGUCUUAUAAACAGUGUCGUCUGGUAAAAAUUCCAGCCAUAAUUGUAAUGUCAGAUAACUGUGGUGCAUUACAAAUAUUCAUGGGUCUUCAUUGUUUAAAAAUGUGUUAAUGAAUUGUGUUAUGUCCCCAGCAUAGUGCAUGUUGGUCAUUAGUAAAAUGUAUUGAAUGUUAUUUUCUUUUGACACAUUUUGGUCAGUAAUGUAAUGAUUGUUAAGAUGAUUAAUAUAGGUUCCAUAUGUUAUUUAGCACAAUUACUAUGAAGAACCCUUUAAUUUCAUGAAUGAAGAGGUGUGUAAUGUGUCCAUAGAUACUUGUAUUAAUAUAAAAUGUUGUCCUGUGAUUUUACUAUUUUGAAUUUUUAUUAUUUUUUAGAAAAAAUAUCAAUAAACAAGAAAAUGCUUAUAAUUGGUGUGAAAAUAAGAAAAAUCAUAUUUAGCAUAUAUUGUCACUGUUUUGCAAACGUAGAAUAACUUAUUUAAUGGACAGGUUUUUAUAAAUUCAAUUUAUUCCCUUUUGUCACUUAUACUUUGUUUUGUAAGUAUCUUCCAGUGUUCAGAACUGCUUCCUGAACAAAACCAUCUACUUGAUGUGUAAUUCUACAGUAUACUCCAAUUUAUAUAACGGUUUUCUAAUCAUACAUCAUUUUCUUAUAGAAUUAUAUCCAAAGUUACACUGUUUGAAUGUAGAGAUAAUAUUUUAUUCUUUUAUAUAAUGCCCACAAAAUCCUCCAGUAUGUAAUGGAAAUAAAUUCAAUGUUUUAUCAUUUGUUUAAUGACUAUUUUUUGUAAUAUUUGAAAAGGUUGAAAAAAAGCAAUAAAAUGUCACUGCUUUUAAA